AUGCUUCUCCUCUCAGCUGCGAGGACGCUCCUCGCCGCCGCCGCGGCUUUCCAGGCCGUCGCGGCGCACAACAUCGUCCUGCCGGCCCGCGGCGUCGAGUGCUUCCACGAGAGCCUGCACAGGGACGACAAGAUGACCGUCACGUUCCAGGUCGGCGACCGCGAGUUUGGGAGCGCAGGCAACCUCGACAUUGACUUUUGGAUCAUGAACCCCGUUGGCGAGUACCAGAUCAACGAGCGCACAGUCUCCAACGGCGACCACUCCUUCACGGCCGUCCACGACGGCAAAUACACCUACUGCUUCGGCAACCAGCACUGGGUCUCCAACACAAAGGAGGUCUCCUUCAACGUCCACGGCAUCGUCUACGUCAGCGAGUCCGACAGCCCUAGCGAUCCCCUCGAGUCCGAAGUCCGUAGAAUGUCGGAGCUCCUCGCCCAAAUCAAGGACGAGCAGCAGUACAUCAUCGUCCGCGAGCGCACCCACCGCAACACCGCCGAGAGCACAAACUCCCGCGUCAAGUGGUGGAACCUCUUCGUCAUUGGCAUCGUCAUCGGCGAGUCCCUCUUCCAGGUCUGGUGGCUGCGGCGCUUCUUCGAGGUCAAGCGCGUGGUCUGA